GCCCCCUGCUGGACCAGAGGUCUCCGGAGAGGAGAGAGCAGAAGGCCUUUGGAACCUGAGGCCACAGUGAGAGCUUCACUGAGAACAGAAAAUCCUUUGACGUGUGGCGACAGCUCUCAUUCUCCCACAGGCAAAAUGAACACGGAUUUGAUGCCGCAGAAUCUGCUGGACACCCAGGCAGGGAAAGCGUUAUGCAAGGCUGGUGUCAGUCUGCAAAGGGACGAAGAUGACAUUCUUCCAUAUGAAGAUGUGGAGUGGCAAGAUGGUGACCUGUCAGCUGAAGAAAGAAUAUUUUUGGAAGAGUUUCCUAUCUUGAAAGGGGAGCUGGAAGUGGGCAUCAGAAAGCUUCAUACCCUUGCAGACCAGGUCGACACAACCCACAGAACACUCACCAAGACCAGCAUAGUGGCCAAUUCCAUCGCCGUGGUCUCAGAAGUCAUGAGCAUCCUGGGCUUGGUCCUCGCUCCGGCAGUAGCAGGAGGAAGCCUGGUACUCUCCGCUGCUGGUAGAGUUUUGGGGAAAGCAGGGGAGGUCACCAGCAUCUUGACCAACGUUCUGGAACGCUUUCACAGUCAAGAAGCCCAAGCUUAUGUCGGUAGCCUAGUGCCCACCCGUGCCCAAGAGGUCAGGGGAGCUGGGGCAGCCUAUGUCUUGGCUGCCGGAAAGGUGGUCCAGGAUUGUGAAAGCACCGUCAAGGAUAUCCGGAAGAGCAUCCGUGCCUUUCAGAUAGCCAGGGCCAACCCGCGCCUGGCCGCUGCCGCCAAGAAUCUCCUGACCACUGGCCAAGUCUCAGCCCGGAGGAGCAGGCAGGUGCAAAGGGCUUUUGAAGGUACCACGCUGGUGAUGAAAACAAAGGCUCGCUUGCUGGGUACUGCAAUGGCUGGCUUCUCCCUCAGCGUGGUCUUGGCCUCCCUCCUGAAGGACUGGAAACAGCUGAAGGAGGGAACAAAAUCAGAGCUUGCGGAAGAGCUAAGGGCGCAGGCUUGGGAGCUGGAAAGGAAGCUGACAGAAUUCACCCAGUGCUAUGAGAGCCUGCAGCAGAAGAAACUCUCCCAAGAAAAAAAGCCUGUGAGCUCGUCUUCGGAAGGAACCAUGGGGACUGUACCUCUGCCACCAGGGAAAGCAGGAUCCCAGGGGACAGGAGAGGAUGAAGACAAUUGAGCCCAGGGGUCUCUGAGUGGAAGAAAAGGGGACCACGGCGGUGGUGGGGCCAGGUUAGCAGAGGCAAUGCCUGGAGACUCAGCAGCUGACAGGUCUACAAGGGUGUUGAGGGCACUGUCAGUGGUG